AUUGUUGGGCGGAAUUCGGUGACCGAAAAUCCAAAUUAGCGGAUGUUUGCGAUUUUAGCGAGACAAGGUGGCGGUCACACAUCGGAAUCGGAUUAGGCUGUUUUGGGAAAUAGUUCGAGUGGAAUUUUAUUAAAUGUGGCCGUGCAACACAGUGUUCAAGCCGGGAAUGAUGGCAUUCGGAAUAGUUGUUCAUUUGGUGAUUGUUUUCAUUGUUGUGUGUCAUUCAUGGGCGCCGUUAUCGAAUAACAGGUUUCGGUUUCCUACUGAAGUUUACCCCCAGACGGAACCGUUUAUUGAGAGGAUAAGUAGUUUUAACAAGUGGGCCAAGUAUUAUUCAGAAGAGCCGCAUCGAAUAGUGUUUUGGGAUGAUGAUAUAAAAUGCAAAACCCCAACCAACAAGCAAGGCGUUUGCCUAUCUUUCUACGACUGCCCCAGCAUGCUGUCCUUCUUCGGUGAUCGAAUACUAACGUGGGAGGAACGAGAUUUCCUGAGACGUUCCGUCUGCACUGGAGCCACUUCCGGUUCGCAGCCUUUCAUGUGCUGCCCGGAUAAGCAACGGACGGAUAACAAAGAAACUGAGACUACCAAAACCACUGUCCUCCCGGUCGUCGGUUCCUCUCCGCCGCCGCCGGAAAACAAAGAGAAACCAGUAGAGCAGGAAACCCGCCUCGGUGGUCUGCUGCCGGAUCCAACCAAAAAUGAGUGCGGCAUCAGUAUCGGGAUGCGAAUCUACGGUGGCGAGGAUGCUGACAUCGACGAGUUUCCCUGGUUGGCGAUGCUGCAGUAUGAAAAUUUCCGAGCGGAGCGCAAGUUCAGCUGCGGAGGAUCGUUGAUCAACAAUCGUUACGUGCUGACCGCUGCCCAUUGCGUUGUCGGUGAGGUUGAGAAAAAGGAAGGAACUUUAGUAAGCGUCCGGUUGGGCGAGUACGAUACUACCAAAGAUAUUGACUGCAUAGUGUUAGAUGGGGAGGAAAUAUGUGCCGAUCCGCCGAUUGAUGUGCCCGUUGAAGAGAAGAUCGCCCAUUCCGAAUACAGUGAAACCUCGAUGCAGAAUGACAUUGCGCUGUUGCGGUUGAAUCGCGUAGUCGAACGAACAGAUUUCAUUCAACCGGUGUGUCUACCGACUCCCAGCUUCAGGAGUUCAAACGCCGGAGAUGUUAAUUUUGUCACUGGAUUUGGCCGAACACUUCAAGGCAGCCGCAGCGCGAUCAAGCAGAAGCUAGGCAUCAAAGUGUACGACCAGGAGAAGUGCCGUGCCAAGUUCGCCACCAAGAAAGCAGACAUCAUCGCCAAGCAGCUGUGCGCCGGUGGUGACUUUGCCAAGGAUUCCUGCCACGGAGAUUCCGGUGGCCCGUUGAUGAAACUGCAGAAGGUCUGGACCCUGGAGGGUGUCGUCUCCUUUGGCAAUCGGUGCGGACUGGAAGACUGGCCGGGCGUGUACACCCGGGUUCAGGCGUACGUGGACUGGAUACGGGAAAAUGUUCGCAGCUGAUGUGAUGACCGUUUGAUGACGACUUGGGUUCGAUGCGAUAAUUUUGAAUAAAGAUCAACAGUAAACAAUA